AUGAGACUUGGGGGACGCCUCAAGAACUCAGAACUCCAUCCAGAACAGAUCCACCCAAUAAUCUUGCCACGUCAGUCCAGAUUCACCACACUCGUCAUCGCAGAAGCUCACCAGAAGACCCUCCACGGAGGGAUACAGCUCACCUUGGCCUACACUCGGCAACGCUAUUGGAUACUCGGUGGUAGGUGCACAGUCAGAGCCUAUAUCCUACGCUGUGCUAUCUGCGCCAGACACCGAGCUAGACAGGCUCAGCAACAGAUGGGACAAUUGCCCGCAACCAGAGUCUCACCAGCAAGAGCAUUUCUCCACACGGGGGUGGACUAUGCAGGUCCUUUUGCCAUCCUCAAGUGGAGACCCACGAAUGCUCAACCGGGAUCAGUGCACAUCGCAGUGUUCGUGUGCUUCACCACGUCAGCAGUUCACCUAGAGCUCGUCAACAGGCAAACCACAGAAGCCUUCCUCGGAGCUUACAAGAGAUUCACCGGAAGACGAGGUAUUCCAGCAGUCAUGUACAGUGACAACGCCACCACCUUCGUCGGAGCAGCAGAUCAACUCGAAAGGCUCUAUCACCAAGCAUCUAAAGAAAAUCAACGUGUUCAGGCUGCUCUCGCCACCAAUGGCACUCAGUGGAGCUUCUCACCACCUAGAGCACCCCAUUUUGGUGGCAAAUGGGAAGCAGCAGUAAAAUCAACGAAGCAUCACCUCAAGAGAGUCCUGGGAACGACAACGCUAACAUUUGAGGAACUCAACACAGUCUUACAGAACAUCGAGGUUGGUAACAUGGUGCUGAUGGUCGACGAUAACCUUCCACCAGCCCAGUGGCCAAUCGCCAGAGUCAUCGCGACUAGACCAGGAGCAGAUGGGCUCACCAGAGUAGCCACAGUCAGAACGAGCAAAGCAGAAGUCGGCAGACAUCAAGAUGGGUCGCCUAAUCUCCAGAACAUCACAGCAGCCCACUCGGUGUUGACAGACCAAUCACCAAGCUCUGUCGGCUUCCNUGUUUGA